AUGCUCCUUUACGCAGGCCAUUCUUCCGCUGACGAUUCCGAACCCUCAACACGAGUGCUAAUCUAUUCUGCAACACGAGGUUUUCGACAUGACUCCAUUCCGACAGCCAUACAAAUUCUCAAAGAGAAGGGACCCUCAGUUCAUAUUCAAUUCGACAGCACCGAGGAUGAAAACUUGUUCUCGGAUAGUAAUCUUGCGCCCUACGGCGCUGUUGUCUUCCUGAGCACAACCGGCGAAGUUCUUCAGGCUUCUGGAAAGACUGCAUUUCAGAACUAUCUCAAUCGAGGCGGCAAUUUCAUCGGGAUACAUUCUGCCAGUGAUAGCCUUGUCAACGAUACUUUCUACGGACAUGAGAUUGGGGCAUACUUUGAUUAUCACCCACCCCUCCAAAAUGCUACGGUGAAUGUUCUGGAUCGGUCUCAUCCGAGCACAACAAUGCUUCCGGCACGAUGGAAAGUCCAAGAUGAGAUGUAUAAUUUCAAGUCCGAUCCGCGAGCUUUGGGCGCAAAAGUCAUCCUUUCUGCCGAUGAAUCUACAUAUACCGACGACGGCGUGCGGAAAUUCAAUCAAGGGACUCCACAUCCUACGGCUUGGUAUCAAGAACGAGGUGCUGGUGUCCAAGAGGGACGCACGGCUGGACGUAGCUUCUACACCAGUCUGGGCCAUUUAAAUGAAACGUGGCGAGAUGAACUCUUUAUUGCCCAUGUCCUUGGCGGGAUACAGUGGGCUCUACAGUCCAACAAUACUCAAAACGCCGGUGAAGGGACUUCAGGAAAUACCGGUGAAGGGACUGCAGGCCCUCAGAAGCUUCCGUCAGGUAACGCUGAUUGA